UGCGGAAGUGUGGUUGCAUUUCCGAACUGUAGAUUUCUUUGCUUAGAUGUUCGGAAUUAUGAACACCCGCUCUACUUGAACCUAAUAUAAUGUGAUUUUAAACUACAAUAUUUCAAAAUGGUACGCCAUACUUUGAAUUCGUAGGAUGUGUGAACAAAUAUUUAUGACGUCAUUAGUAAAUCACGUCAUCAGGGCCUGUAUUUACCAACAAUUCUUAACUUAAGAAUAAAGAAAGAAACCAAGUCUCUGGAACGAAAUAUGGACUAAACCAUAUCAAAAUGGGUAAUGGAAGUAUUGGCAGACAUGGGAACCAAAACAGAUCUCAGGAAGAGGAAGGAGUAGCUAAAUGGUCGUCUUUCAAAUUCACGGAAAGACUACAUGCUAUUACAAACGGAGCCGAACUUGCAACAUAUCUAGAAGAAUUAACGCGGUUCACGUCUGAUCUACAAGCUGAAAUAGAAUCACGUACUGUGGAUAAUAAGCGGAUGAAAGAAGAAAACACCAGACUUGCAAGUCAGCUAGAACAAGUCAUCGCCGAACGUGAUCGGCUAAAUUCCUACAUUUUGAAAUUGAAAGAAGAAAUCACUUCAUUUAAAAUCAAGUAAGAAGAAGUUUUACCUGUGCAUCAAGUUCUUGAUGUUAAUGACAAGUUGAACACAUCUUUUGAAAUGCGUUUAUAUUGUAAUUUAGGGACACCAUCGUACCACUUUAUUAUUCAAACUAUAGUUCAUGGUUAAUUUAUCCAAAAAAAGCAAGAUUACUUAAAAUUGGACUAUGUAAACUUGUGACUAAACGUGUUAACAACAAUAAUGUUAUUUUAAAGAAAUGUUUUAGACAGUCAAUUAUAAAAAGUUAGAGGUAACUUUAUUGAUCAAUAUGGUUCAUAUCUAAUCCCUCUUCGUUUGUAAUGCACAGACUAUUUGUCAGCGUCUGUGUUUAUACUACAAUAUUUAUUGAUUGUUUAAUGAAUGUUACCCUGUUUGUCUUAAUAUAUGGAAUUAAAUAUUUUUCGACAAAUCUUAAAAAGAAUUAGUGUGAAGUUUGUGUGUAUUUAAGUUAUAAGCCAAAUGUUCAAAACUGGUUUCGUUUAUUGUAUCGUAUGUGUGUAAUAUAAUGACGUUAAGCUUACUUUUAUAUAA